CUCGGCGCGCUCAGUGUGGAGUGGCGCGGCUGGCUGCAGCGGCACAUUUGCUCCAUCCCCUCUUUCACCUUAUUUCCACGCCGAAUAUCUACACUAAAUAUAUUUCUAAUUCCCACGACACAAGGAGGAGGAUUUAAUUGUGCGUGUGAGAGACAGAGACCAGAAAGAAGGGAAAAAAGGCUCGUCACGUCAGUGCAAGCUGCUCAUAGAAGUUGGAAGUGUUGGUGAUACAAGACUAUAAGGCAUCCAUCGAGUCCUUUUGCUCAGUGAAAGGUCCUCAUAUCCAACAAUGUGUGGACGAGGCAGCGUGGCCUCACUGUGCCUGUGGGCUUGCUUGCUGGUGGCCAGCGGUGUCCUGAGUGCGAAAAGCUCUGGGCAGAACGGCAUGACGGAGGGGGAAACAGAUAACACUACAGUGUUCACCAAGAUCUUAGACAGCCUUCUGGAUGGCUAUGACAACCGCCUGAGGCCGGGACUAGGAGAGCGUGUAACUGAAGUCAAGACUGACAUUUUCGUGACUAGUAUUGGGCCAGUUUCGGACCAUGACAUGGAGUACACCAUCGACGUGUUCUUCAGACAGAGCUGGAAGGACGAGAGGUUAAAGUUCAAGGGUCCCAUGGCCGUGCUACGUCUCAAUAAUCUGAUGGCGAGCAAGAUUUGGACGCCUGAUACAUUCUUUCAUAACGGCAAAAAGUCGGUUGCACACAAUAUGACCAUGCCUAACAAACUACUACGGAUUACAGAAGAAGGCACGCUGCUCUACACCAUGAGGCUGACUGUGAGAGCAGAAUGCCCCAUGCACCUUGAAGACUUCCCCAUGGAUGCUCAUGCCUGCCCACUCAAGUUUGGCAGCUAUGCUUACACUCGAGCAGAGGUGGUGUACGUAUGGACCAGAGGGGCCGCCCAGUCUGUGGUGGUGGCAGAUGAUGGUUCACGGUUAAACCAGUACGAUCUGAUGGGGCAAAGCGUGGAUUCGGGUGUGGUGCAAUCCAGCACAGGAGAGUAUGUGGUGAUGACGACUCACUUCCACCUGAAGAGAAAAAUCGGCUACUUUGUGAUCCAGACGUAUCUGCCCUGCAUCAUGACAGUCAUCCUCUCCCAGGUGUCCUUCUGGCUCAACAGAGAGUCCGUCCCUGCCAGGACUGUCUUUGGAGUGACAACUGUCCUGACCAUGACCACUCUCAGUAUCAGCGCCAGGAACUCCCUCCCCAAAGUGGCCUACGCCACUGCCAUGGAUUGGUUCAUUGCCGUGUGCUACGCCUUUGUCUUCUCGGCCCUCAUUGAGUUUGCCACGGUCAACUACUUCACCAAGAGAGGUUAUGCCUGGGAUGGAAAAAGCGUGGUGCCAGAGAAGCAAAAGAAGAAGAAGGAGUCUCUCCUGAAAAAGAACAACACCACAGCAUACCCGGCUGCCACUGCUACAGCCUUCGCCCCCAACAUUGCCAGGGACCCUGGAUUGGCCACCAUUGCCAAAAGCGCUCCGCCGCCCCCGACCGAGCCCAAGGAGGAGCCAAAGCCCAAACCUCCCGAGGCCAAGAAGACCUUUAACAGCGUGAGCAAGAUUGACAGGAUCGCCAGAAUAGCCUUCCCUCUGCUCUUUGGAACCUUUAACUUGGUCUACUGGGCCACCUACUUGAAUAAGAAGCCCAAACUGCAGGGGGUGACUCCACACUAAUCCAUCUUUGGCUCCUUUUCACUUCUACCUAUAACUUUCAUUUUCUUUGGUAUUCUUCCUCAACAGAAAAGAAAAAAAGAGAAGAAAAUGUGUUUAUUUUCAGACAAACAUGAUGUCCAUGCUGGUUUGAAUCCCCAGUCGUUGCAUUGCUUCUGUUUAUCAACAUUUUGAAGAUUUUGAGAAAACAAAAACAGAGACAUGAAAAUAUAUUAAAAAAAUAACAUUGAUACAGACUUUUCAGAGGGGUUGCUGUUCAGGUGCGGGAAGACGCUUUUAAGAAACGCUAGCGUAAAUAUAUAGCCAAGAGGAGAAUGCUAUUCCACAAAUAGACCAAUCUCGUCCAGGGCUUUUUCUUUGUACGUGGUUCUUAUUUUCAGGGUUCCGGGGAGAAUAUGUACUUUGCAAAGAGAGGGGAGUCUCCAGACUAUUUGAUGAGUGAAAAAACAAACGUGGUUCCAAUGAGCGAGAAGGUCCAACAGUUUGACAUGAAACCGCCCUAACUGCCCAACAGUCUAUGUUACACCAUACCGGAGGUUCAGCUUGUUCGGCGACUGUUCUGUUUUUGCAUUGAAACCAAAUCGGAAAAUCUGGAGAUCGAGAUAGUAACAGAUUUCACUGUUUAUUGUUGAAAUCCACACGGCUGCUGAUUCAGUGGAAAACACGUAUAUAUCCCAAUCUUGUGUCUCAAGUUUAGUAUUUUUACUCUCGGCAAAAAACAACCCAACUAUUUAUUGUUCUGAUUGAUAUUUUAUGAUAAACGGUACAAAUUGGAGUUACAUGUUUUUCAUUGGGUGGCGGCCAUUUCAAACGAACUGCACAAUAACUUGACCCGUGACAUGUUUGUAGGAAUAUGCAUUGCUGUUUCUCCAAUGAAAAGCAUGUAUCAUAUCGUCCAUUUUUUUUUCAUUUUUGUCAUAUUUGCAUUUUAAAUGUCCUAACAUUGGGAGAUGCAUGCUUUUCAUAGUAGAGUAGAGCGACAAUGCGAUAUGUAUAACCUACAUGAUUUAAUGUUAGGGUCAACUUCAAAAGAACCCCAAUCUCACUAAAAAUGAGUGAAGUACUGUGUUUUUACAUAUCUUGUCAUAUCCUACAAACUACUUGUGGGAAUAUACGGCCCAAUCAACGACAGUUAAGCCCAAAAUUAUUCAUACCUUGACCAGAUUUCUAGUUAAAGUGCAUUUUUUUGCGUUAAAUGGGGAUUUUUCUAGCUGGAAAUGCGUCAAAAAAAGAAAGAAUCUAAGCUACUAAAUGGAGCAAAGGAUAUGUGAUUCAACAAUAACUUCAUAUGUGGUCAGGUAUGAAUCAUUUUGGGUUUAAGUGUAUGAUUAUACCAUUCGGUAAUGUGGCCAAAAGGCUCACUUAGACACAAUAUGGUUGCAUUAUCUUAUUACUGUAUUAAUGGUUACUGGUAUUGGCUUUAUGUCAUUUAUUUAAGCACAGACGGACAUGGUAAAAGGCACGUGUUAUGUGUAUGUGUGUGUGCAUAUGCAUGGGCAGGGCAUCCUAAAAAACUAAAAUACUAACCAUGAUUGACGGAAGGCUUCAUUUGUUCGCCCCCAAAACGUCCAUUCUCAUAUUCUUCUAAAUAUGUUGGGGGGGGGGUUGUGCAAUAGCAAUAAAACACACGUCUCAGUGGACAACAAUCUAGUCAUCUCUGCUUCGAAAUGAAAAUAACAGGUAUUUUCCUUUUAUUAAUAUUUGUAAAUAUUAUCAGAUGUUAGCGAUGUCAAUAUGUUGAACUAAAGGGUAUGAACAACGCGUUUUGUUUUUGUUUUUUUUUUGCGUCCAAAUACAUGUUGUUGUUUUUUUUAAACAGUCUCAACAAAGACGUGUAAAAACUUGAGUAAGAAUGUAAAGAAUUGUCUCAAAAUCUUUUUUUUUUUCCAUUCAUCACACAAACAUUAUUUCCUGUUUUUAUUGCUUCAUGGACCCGGGGGGAGGGGCUUGUUUGCCAAACGUUAAAGUAAAGUUAGCUAAAGAAGGACGAGGCACACUGAGGAGGAGAAGUGCCUUUUCCAUAUUUUAACAGAUGGUACCCUGAUGGUUUUACAUCUUGCAUUUUCUAUCCCACCGUGUCCCCUUGAGCUUUCAUGGUUUUUUGUUUUUUGUGUGUGUGUUCUUGGGUUUUUUUCGCCCCUUUUUGUGUGUUUUUAGCUGAAAAUUAACACUCAGAAAGUACCAGCGACACUGCCUUCAGUAUCACAUGCCCCCUUUUUUUGAAUUGAUUUGUUGCUGCUUUUGUUGGAAAGCAUCAGCAGAGAGAAAAAAAGACAAGAAAGAGGUGAAAGGAUGAUGAAAAUGAAUAUAUUUUUGUAGCAUGAUGUCAACCCUUCUUCCAAAAACAGUAAAGCGAACGGAUUUUUUUUUUUUUUCGUCUUGGACGUUGCUUGCUUUUUUUUCUUGUUUUUUGCGUAUUAACUUUUCGUGGCUCGUCAAAUAUUAGGAACAGCCCAGUUGAAAAUUCAGUUAAUGUAGCAAUAUUUCUUAGCAAGGGCUUUUAUUAAAAGGACCUGAAGUUGACAUUAGUGAGGGAAUGAUUGACACUGUAGCUUUACGUCGAAAGUUAGACAAUUGUAUGCUGCAAAUGUCCAGUUUAGUUAAGUACACAUUUGCCAUCAACAAAAUAUUGACUUUAAUUCUAAUGCCAUUUUAGAAAUCUAAUUCAAUUAAAUUUUGUGUUUGUUUUGUAUUGACACUCUGAACAAAGUCCCAGUUUAUUUUUAGUUAAUUAAUUGUGAUUUAAUUUAGCAUUAUUUUUAUUUAUUCACUGCUUAUUGUAGUUGCUCCAUCUCCACAAAUAUCAUAUUCGAGGUGGCAGGAAUCCAAGGUAAAUUUUCAUUUAAUUUAGUAUAAUUUAUUUCUACAUUUAUUUUGUACUUUUUUUGGUAACAUUUUACAUGGCAGCAAUGCAGAAAUCCAUUAUUUUUUUAAGUUAAUGGUCAUUUAAAUUUGCUUUAUUUAUUUUUUUAAUUUAUAACAAUUUUUUUGUAUUAUUGUGUGCAAAAUUGGACACAAUUCACAUUUUAGACGGCCGGCAUGCACAGCCCCAAUGUUUGCUUUUAAUGGAUUUCAUUAGCAUUUUUUUUUUUUUUUACCUGGCCAGAAGCCUGAGAGAGAUUUGUUGAUUUGUGUAUUGUUUUAUGUAUUUAUUGCGGGGAGGAAACCAAAUUAUUUAUAUAUAUAUUUAUCAAUGGUCGUUGCUUUAUCUUUAUUUUAUUUGCAUUAUCACUAUUACGUAACCUGUCCCCUACAGGCCACUUAUCCUACCAGCAGAAGGUCAAAGAAGUGCAAAGUUCAGGGUGAAGAGUUGUAUAAAAGAUAGAAUCAUAAAUAAACUUGUAUGUAUGUUGAUUAUCAUGAAGAAGAUAUAUAAAUAUAUAUAUAGAAAUAUACAUAUGUAAAAUACAUGACGCAUACAGUAUUUGAUUCUAUUAUUGAAGAUAUUAGCUUAAAAACGACGAUGACUAUUGUUUGUAUUCUCAACCUAUUGUUAUGCAUUUUGCACAUUUAGAUGAAUAAUAACAUUACAUUUAUGUAGUUGGCUUCGUGCUAUGCAAAGGACAGCUUCGAACCACCAACCAUCAACCUUGUCUCCUCGACCAUUGUGUUUCAGACUUACAAGCUAUUAUAAGGAGAAAAUAAACAAUAUAUUUAAAAAAAAAAAAAGAAGAAGCUUAGCUUUUUAUAUCAGCUGUGCCACCCAUUAGCUUUUUUAUGAAACCAUGGCCACACAGGGUGACAUCAAAGAAAAACAGCAGAUUAUGUCCUUUUGUUUGUGCGUUGGAUUUGAGAGGAAAAGGCUUUCGUUGUUGAUUGCACUUUCUUUCUCCAGGGUCGUGCAAUAAAAUGACUGAAUAAAGACGAAAAAAAAAGGAGCUAAAAUGUAACAAGGUCUUCUUUUUCCAAGACCAGGGAUUUGAUUGUUGCGUUAUAUUCUUACAUAAAUUGACUAUGAAAAGUUUUCCCACCCCAGAACUGGAUGAAAACCUUACAUAUAUUUAACAUGAAUUUGUAUGACGUUUCCAUCAGCAAUGUAGUCCAUCAACGGUGACUUACCCUUGCACUUAGUCCUUGAAAUCCAGCACUGGUUGGAUUUUGGUGAUGAAGAACGUAGUUCAAAAGAGUAAUACAAAAAUGCACAAAUUGCUCGGUGUUUACCAGAUGGCUGCGGCAAGCCAUCAUGGAAGACGAUGCGAGCAAUGCAAACUGUAUUACUCUUUUGAACGCAUAUUGUUUUGUUUUGGUUCUUCCGACUGGAACUGGACUUGGUUAAGUCACCGUUGAUGGACUACACCGACUGACUGGGAUGUUAUACAACUUUAUUUCGAAAAAAAGGCAGUUCAGAUUUUGCUACACUUUUACGCUCCACAUAGAGAAUGUGAAAUAUGAGGUACAGGUACAGUGCAAUCAUGAGCUUCCGACUUUUAUCUUCUCGUCAAACGUAUAUAUGUACAUAUAUGUGUGUGUACAUAUAUAUGUCUAUAUGUAUAUACCACAUGUGUUAUGUCUUUUUUGUUUAUUUUGGUUUUAUUUAAGACAAAUCAUCAGCAGCACUUGCUUAAAUGGGUCUAUUAGUUCUUAUAGAUAUACUACUGGAGUCAUUUUCUUGUAUUUUUAUCCAAGCAAAUAUGGAUUUUCACUGAUAUUAAAGAAAAAACACAACCCAAUUUUCUAAAGCACAAACAAGCGGAAUAUAAGGCAAGAUAAAGGGUGAUAUGGUACACAUAUGGACAAUGAAACAGACACUAUAGAAGUGGCCACUGGGAUGUGUUGUUGACAGGAUUCUGAUGGAUGGAGAUGAACGCGGUGGUGAACUUCCUGUAAAUGUUUUCUUUUGUUUUGGUUUGGUUUUUUGGUUAUGAUAUGGCCCUGUAGAUUCCGAUUCACUGCAUUAGUCUUUAAAUAAAAAGGAAAUAAAUGAAA